AGCAAACCCUUCCAUGUGCCUUGAUAUGAUCUAAAAACCCCUUUUUUUCUUAAAUCUUCUUCGCCAGCUUUAGAUUGUUCUUUGUUUGUGUCUGGAUCACCAGCUACAAAGUAAUAAAAGGUUGAUCUCGAUUUUCCCAGAAAGGAAACUGCAGGAUGAGCCAGGAACAGGGAAGGAAAGAAAGCAAGCUGAGAAAAUACCUGAAAGCACCCAUUAGGAUCCUGAUAAAGGCCAAGAAUUUUUACAUAAAGGGCAUGAGUGAAUGCUCCGAACGGAUCACUUACGGCACUGUCAUGGGCUGCCCUACCGGCCAUGUCAACACUCUGCCUCGGAGCUUCAGCGUCAGCUCAACAAAAUCGAGCACCGGUGAUGAUGACUUGAGGGAGCUUAUCAGGGCUGCCUCUACCAGGAGUUCAGGAAACAGGAUUGAGGCAGACUUUCUUCGGAGACAGCAGGGGAGACAAUCCCCCAACACGAACUCGUAUAUUGUUCCCAGGAGUAAAAGCAUCGGAAUUGGGAGGAUUGAUGAAGACAAGACAUGUGAGUUUGAAGAAGAUAUUAAGGUUAAGACCAAUGUCUUCCCAAGAAGCAGGAGUUAUGCUGUUGGAAAGCGUGGAGGGACGGUGUUCUAAACAGGUGUUGUAACAAUUGUCUACAACUACAACGGCCUCUGUUUUUACCUCCUCUGCUUUUUCUGUCUCCUUUUUUUUGGCCACCAACUCUGCUUUUUCUUCCUUUCUCAAUUUCAUAGUAUGUAUGGUCUUUUGGCUGGUUUUUGUCGUUUUACUACAAAAUGUUUGGAACUACUUAGAGUCUUCAUUGUUGUUCAUAGAUGAAAUGGUGAAUAUAUAUUUGUUUUCUUU